ACGGCGCCCGGCCUCGGCCCCAGGGUUUACUUCUGCCCGCCCCCACCCCAGGGCCGUGUCCCCGAGCCCGCACCUCACACGCAACGAGACCUCGAGCCCCGAAAACUUGCGAGUGGAACAAUAAAGCGGGUGCCUGUUGUUUCCCAUCCGGUGUCUGAGCUAGUGGGGGGCACUUGCUGCCAAGCUUCUGUCUGCAGCUCCAGGGUUUAUUGGAAGGCCAUAGUCAAAUUUGCAUGGAUUUGGAGGUUAAAGGAGUUGCUGCAUCUCCUAGAAGGCAAGCUGAGCUGGCAUCAAGGGGGAAGAAACUUAGUCAAGGAUGGAGACCAAAAACAACUCACGGCGUUCGUCCAGCUGAGGUGCCAUGCCUUGAUUUAGGCAAGCUGGGAUCUUCAGAUGAGGAGGAUGGAAAUUCUUACAUACCAUUCAGUAAGAGGUAUCCUCGCAUUGGCCCUCCAGAUUCCUCUUCAACUGUUAGUUGGGGUACACCAUUACAGACGCCUUAUGCACAGCAUUAUCAGACACAACAGAUGACUAGAAAAUCUUGUCAGAAGAAAAUGGAGCUUUCUUUGUUGGAGCAAAAGACAAUACCAGAAAAUCUGCCACCCCCCACAGACAAAUACAAAUUAAAAUAUCAACAAUAUGAAGCAGAAAUGAAAGAGGGAUAUAAGCAGUAUUCUCAGAGAACUGUAGAAAAUAAAAUAAACAGUGCCCAGUUUCAGGAAUCGUCAAGAAAAACAGCAGAAAAAGAGGACCCGCAACCUGAAGAUAGGAGCGAUCAUGAUCUAUCGGCUCUUGAUGAGAAAGCCCUCUUGCAGCAAUGCUACACAAACAAUCCCUACACAAUACAGCAUAGCAUAAGGAAGUUAGAAGCUGAGGAAGUAGCUGCAGAGAGGAGAAAGCAAGCUGUAGUAGAGCAAGUGAUGGUGGAUCAGCUAUCUAGGGCUGUAAUAAGUGAUCCAGAGCAAAGUACAAACACUGGUACUUACCAGAGAGAUCAUACCUCUGCAGGUCUUGGGACAGCACCAUUGCGCUUUAGAAAAAGAACAUUACAUGAAACAAAAAUAAGGACCAGAUCCUCAUUAACUGAAAAUAUGCUUUCUAAUAAGUUACGCUUUGAUGGCAGAAUUCUGUCAAGGAAUGGACGUGAUGCUUGCAGAGAGCUGAUUGGAUUCUUUUUUAUGUAUGACAGAUCUCUUACUGUAUAUGAAUAUCGACAAUUUGGAAAAAAUAGAACAAAUGCCCUACCUUUCAUUCAGAAAGGAGUUUAUAGUCACCAGCGUGGACAAAGAAAAGGACAACAAUAUGAUCUUAAUGACUUACAUGUUGGUGCUAAUCUGACUUUUCUGAGUUGCAAUCUUAGCCUUCCAGAAAGUAUUAAACAGAAUGCAAUAUUUACCCUUCGUGUCACAAAUAUUGAUGAAGCUGCAAUGGACAUUCUAAAAACUACUUCUGUGGGAAUCAAGCAAGAUAUUACCCAGCAAGAGAUUGAUGAGAGCAGGGUUUUCAGGAUUGUUCAAGGUAUACUUAAAGAGAAGCUAAGUAAAAGGGGAGUUCGUGUUGUAACAAGAUUAGGAAAAUAUUUCCGAGAACUGGAUCAUAAGGGAGAUGGAGCCUUUUCUAAAGCAGUCUUUAAACAAGCUCUAACAUUAUUUCAUUUAGAAGUACCUGAAAAGGAUUUUGAGUCUUUGUGGCUUAUUCUUGAUGAUAACGGAAAUGAUAAAGUUGAUUAUGGGGAGUUCACUCGUGCCUUUAUUGGAGAAAUGAAUGAGUAUCGAAAAACAUUUGUUAGAAAAGCUUACAUGAAACUUGAUUUCAACAAAACCGGCAGAGUACCUAUGGUAGACAUCAGAAAGUGUUAUUGUGCCAAGAAACACUCCCAAGUGUUGUCAGGCGAUGCUACAGAGGAAGAAAUUAAAUCUUCAUUUCUAGAAACUCUAGAGCAUGUCUGCAGCAAUCCCAGUGAAGUAUCAUAUUGUGAGUUUGAAGAUUACUAUGAAGGAUUAAGUAUUGAAAUCAUGGAUGAUGAAGAUUUUGUUAAUAUUUUAAAGAAUGCUUGGGGAAUUUAGAACUGCAGAAUAUAUAGAAUGUAAAAAAAAGACUUUAAAUGAUGAUUAAAAUAUGAACAAUAAAUCCUCACAAGUUACUUUUUGAAUGAAUGUUUCAAAUUUGUUUUACUAGUCUGAAAAUAUUUGAGUCAAUUUUCAGAAGGGUAUAUAAGUUAUAUGUAAAGCUCCCUUUGAAUGUUUCUUUUUAUGUACAUUUUGUGUUUUAUUAAACAAAAUUUAUAAUAACUUUAUGCACUUCCCUCUGGAAGUAGGAUCACUUGUCUCAUUAAAAUAGUGUAGCUUAUUUUGAAAACAGCAGCCUAGAAUACAAAUAUAGGUGAAAGGAUACAUACAGGAGAAAACUUACUAUGCAUUAUAAUUACCAGUUGUAUUUUUCAGAAGCUUUAGAUUUGACUGUAUAUAUUAUAUAUGAGCAUUAUGGGUUUUUUUCUCUAAAAUGUGUUACUCACCAAAGAGGACAUUUAUUUUAUGAAAUGCAUAGGGCCAGAUUCUGCUUGGCUCUUAUGUUCAUCAGAGGACGUAAUUUAUUCCUCUCAUUUUCCCCCCAAGUUUCGGUAGGGGAGAGAGAUCUACAAUACUAAAAAUGUGCAUAGAAAAUUAAGAACAGUGCAUGCCUCCUUAAUGUUCUAAUUUGCAGAACAAAAUACAGUCUGUUCUGAAUAUAUUUACUGAUCUUCACUAGACUGAACCACAGGUUCUCCAAAAGAUUUUAAUUAAAUGCUUUUGACUAGAGUUUGGAUUUACUUUGCAUACUUGCGCUUAGGUUGCAUAAAUGUGUUCCAGGGCCUGUAAUGUACUUUCACUCUUAUAAUCUUUUGCUGAAUUGUUUUUUCAAACAAAUAAUAGAUUUAUGAUUUGUAGAUGAGUGGCUUACAUACAUCCUGCUGCUUUGAUCAUUAAUUUUGGUUAAACUCCUUAGUCCAAACUGAUAGGUGUAAAAGAAAAAUCUUUCUAAUGCAGCAAUCACACUACAAAAAAUAAAGUUCUAAUCCAUACUCUGUUCUAAUGUUUCUUACUACAGUAAAUAUUUAUUUAGCUGUACCUUUUAAUAAAGUAUAUUUUGUGAAU